AUGUCCCGUAACUACACGUCGAAGGGUGACAAUUACUAUCAGAAGGAAAUCGGACUGAGCAGUGUACAAUCGGUCGAUGGCGACUCGUUGCCCGACUACAGUGAGUUCGAUACCGAAUCGGUAACGUUGGACUAUUUCAAGGAAAGCACCAAACGUGGACCAUCGCCGGACAGAAUGGCACCAACGACAACCAUCGAAACCGUAACGAUCACGCGACCAUUGAAGGUGAUUGCAUUCAUUUGCGGCGUGAUCGUUGUCAUUCUGAUGAUCCUGGCGCUCACCUCCACCGACUGGCUGAUGGCGGAGAGUUGGCGCCAGGGUCUGUUCGUGCAUUGCAUCGAGGAGGGUUAUGAGCCGCCGCUACCUUUCAACUUGCAGGAUCCACCAGGCUGCUAUCCGAGCCGCGAUGUUGCUUACAUCAAGGCGACGGCGGCUCUUUGCAUCAUCACACUCGUCACCGACGCUCUGGCGACGUUCCUCACUGGGCUCGGGCUGCGGACGCAGGAUCACAACCUGAAGUACAAGUUCUACCGCAUCGCCGUGCUCGUCAUGAUGGUUGCACUGAUAGCCUUGCUGGUCGCAUUGAUCCUGUAUCCGAUUUGCUUCGCCGCGGAAUUGAACAUUGCUAACCGGUCGGUGUGGGAAUUUGGCUGGGCGUACGGCGUGUGUUGGGGCGCGGCCAUCUUCCUCUUCGGUGCUGUCGUGCUGCUGCUGUGCGACAAGGAGUCGGAGGAGAUCUACUACAAGGAGAGGAAGAUUGUACACGACGCAUCGUUAAGAGACUAGGCCAGGGCACACGCACUGCCCGACGUUGUGCUUUAGACGAUAGGAGAACUCGCGCGUACACGCUCAACCGCCAUCGACAUCGACAUCACCAACACCAACACCAUCACCCACACGAAACGAACGAAUCUCCGCGCUCAGUGCGUCACGGGCGUACUGUCAGGAUCGGGCAGCGAAUCUCACUUGCCACGGCCGAGCUGACAGGACCGGAAGCGCCACGUGGCCAGGUGCCAUACGCAGCCGCCCCGGAAACAGCCUCAGCAGGGGGUCCUCACGAGCGGUCCGAUACCAUUUAGCACUAGAUUCACUGUGUCUGUGUAGCAUCAGGUGUGUAUGUCUCUGUGUGUGUAUGUGUGUGUGUGUGUGUGUGUAGAAAGCCAACGUCGCGGCUGUUAGGACGAGAAAUCAGCAUGUCAGCAGCCAUGUCCAGCAGCGCAGCGCCCAACCCUUUUUCCCGCACGGCCAAUAGUGGCUCGAAUGAUCGGAGCCGAAGCAGGUGUACAUAAAAGCAAACCCCCUCUCAGCGAUAAUGAGAUAAGGCGAGGCAGCAGGAGGGGCACGGGCCGAGGAAAGAGAGAGGGAGAGAGCACAGAAGCAGAGAACGGAAACGGAAACGGAGGAGAAACCACAACGUACCAACGUAGGAUAUUCUGGGUAGAACACAAGCCCGCGAAAAUCUAGUGUGCGAUUCGAUAUUCUCUCAUAGUGUUAACCGUCAUUUAUAUGAUCCGUCGGAAAUGGAGGGUUCGGUGGCGAGGGUGAAGCGUUACCGGAGAAGGGUAGGCCGUCGCCGCCUGCCUCCUCCUUUGUCCGUGUAUUUAGCGAUCGAUACAUACACAUAUAUAUGAUUAAAAUCAAAGCGAAGUUCUUGUCAUGUAAACUAGGCAUUGAAUAUUAACGACGUGUUCUCCAUGCGAAUAUCUUCUCAUGUAAUAUACUGAUAAUUAUUUUCUUCCCCUUUCUUCUCCCCCCCCCCCCUCACACCACUCCAUCCCUCUUCUAUCCUUGGUUCGCCGGUUGAGCCGGUUCGCAUAGGCUUUUAUAUAAGGAAAUGGCGUGCCCAAUGUGCCACAGAUUUUGCGCAUGGAAUUGGAAUCAAGAGACGCGUCCUACGUGAGAGGGAGGGAAGAGUGGGGCAGGGACACAAGACACAGGGUACAGGCCCCCCUCGUUACGGAUUGGCAGCUACGAAUGGCCGAUUCAAACGAUUAGGGUCGUUCCGAUUUCGAUAUCACGCCACAUUGCACUAUCCUGGGAAUCUUUUAUAUACAUAUAUAUAUAUAUAUAUAUACAUAGCAACAGCAACCAUUUAAUACUGUAACAUGCUUUUUGGGACACUGCGAAAACGGUGACGAUCCGUGGGCGACGAAAAGAAUCGAGUUAUUUGGCAUGAACCAAGACCCAGCUGGACAGGUUCGCAGCUCUUACUCGCUAAAGUACAUGUAAUGGAAAGUCAGCAAUCACAUGAAUUUAAAAGAAUCUCAACAACACGUACACUUUUAUUCUAGAACACAUUGUGGGGUUAAAUAGCAGUGAGUUUUUUCAUGAAAUUGUCAAUUGUGUAAAUAGCCGUAUAAAUGCAUUCAUUGAUCAUUACACAUGUAACCACCAUUGUUGUAAUAAAUAAUUUAAACAUAUCUAUUGUACACGAACCGCGGUUCACAGAUAUAUGCAUUUGCAUAUACACAGUUUUAAUUUAUUUAUUUCGUUCCACAUUUCGCUAUAAGUUAUGUUAUGUUUUUUUCCUUCUUAACCGCAAGUGUGGCGGACCAACUAGAUUGCGACCCUUUAUCUGCGUACGUUUCUGUACGGUGUACGUUCAAACCCACUGGAGACAGUAAGAUGAUAGAAGAACUAAUGAGACAAAGCUCGCGCAAACCAUUUAUGCUAGGUCGUGUGUUAAUUAGUACACUUUAUUUGAACCACUCACAAUGAGAAGUAAAAUUCACGAUCAGAACCGACCGGGGGAGCUUACCGUUGCCCUGAAGGACAUGGGCGCAACCGGUGGCAUGCUGGGCAAUAGAGGAUGGUUCAGUGCAGCAAGCUAAUUAUAGUUAGCCGUUUGGUUAAGAAGGGCCUAUCAGAGGGAAUGCGCGGAGGAAUUGACGCAUCUUGGCAGUACUAGGAAGAGAAGGCCUCUAACCAUAGUAACAUUAACAGCCUACCCUGCGAUUACAUACACUGUGGUUGAGGUUAAUUGUAUGUAAUCCGCAAGUGGCAAAACAUAUCGUACCGUUAGUAAGGAAGUAGGCGCCGAAGAGCGCAUUUGCGUAUUUUAGGAUGAUCUAGCGUGGUACGCGAAAGGGCAAGUACAGAUGAGAGCAGUGCGUGCAAGCCAAAUCGGUCAAUAAUCUAUUGUCAAUUGGCGCGAAUUUAAACACCGUAGGAAGACGUUUUCGAGUUAAUACGAAUGAUGGUUCGAACCCAAAUCGCACGUGAAGGGUCACUGUGCUUUCCUUUUUUCUUGUAACAUCGUUUCUAGUGCUCUGGGAAACGCUUAACUACCGUACGAAGGGUAACAAGUAAUGAUUUUAAAGUACCAAUAAAAUACGU